GCUACCUUUCCGCCACGGGACGACGGAGGGGCAGCCUGAAGGUGGCCCCUAGGAAGGCAUCUCCGCCCCGGGAGCAGAGGAGGUAUCUCGGUGGCGGCUUCCCUGUCUACCGGCGCUUCAGGAAGCUCGCCGGCAAAUCCGGUUUGUGGCGGAGGAGGGUCCGGCACGCCUGCGGUAAGGGGAGCACCGAGGCCAGCGUCGCCCCAGCCUGCGAAGACCCUACCCGAGUGACCAUGUCUCCCGGUCGCAGGCAGUGGCCGGUUUGCUUGGUGGUGAUCACCUGCGUGAUGGCAGGACCUUCCCUGAGCGCAGAGUGCUCCGCGGAGAAAAUGGAAAAUAGUAUCAUCGAUAUCAACUUAUCUCUGCCCAGAGGCGUCCGGGGCGCAGAGCCACUGCACGCCCUGAGCCCAGCGGCUUGCGUUCACGCCUGCUGCUCGGGGCAAAAGCUCUCAGGAGACAAGAAGUGUAAUCUGUUGAUUUUUGAUGCUCGAAGAACAAGCACGCAGCCAAACUGCUACCUGUUUUACUGCCCUAGUGCAGAGGCUUGUCCAAUGAAACCAGCAACAGGACUCGUCAGCUACAAGAUAACAAGAGACACCCCUGUCCCAGAGGAUCCAUCCUUCAAAAGUGAGUAUUUUUCUUCAGAUGGGCAUUCUUUGUCUUCAGAUGCUGGAGCCUUUAUUCCUCACAGCCACCCUGGCCAUCAGAAUCCUGCUGCUGCUGUCUUUCCUCACGAAUCAGAACUCCAGAACCACGUGAGCAAGCAGUUAGACCACAGUGAAUUUCACACAGUUCUUCCUGAGUCUCAAAGGGCAAAGCAUCCUGAGAGCUUAGAUCCAAUUCCAAGGCAAAACUUGCCACCAAAUAUGUCCUCUGCUUUGUUCCCAACCACUCAGUCUAGAGUUUCUGAACCCAGCAGUACUGCUUCUACUCCUCUGCCCACAAGUACCACCCAGCUGCAAUCUCGUACAACAUCUCUGCCGACUGGUGAUGCUAAACCUACUGCUCUCCCCACCACCACCACCAAAGCUACCUUUGUGCCUACUGGGACCACUGGAGCUAACCCUGGUCUCCCAGCCACCAGCAUCACUAUUACUCAUGUUCCUCUUUCCAGUCUCACAACUUCUUCUACAACCAAGCAGGUGACCAUAAAUUCCAGAUCUGCUACUACCCUGUCAGGGCAAAGAACGUCAGCCAUUCCUCUUGAAACAACAGGUGUCUCUUCCAACCGUACCAGUCAUGCUUCCCUCCUCUCUGCUUCAGAUUUCACUCUGUCUUCUGAGGAUUCCCUCACAUCUUCCCCAAACAACCCUGGGGGUUAUGACCCAUCUGAGUCAGAAAGCUAUCUGCUAGAGCAUGUUCUGAGAGGAAAAGGUGUCAUUGAGCUGGGUGAAGAAAUCAGCCUUGUAGCAGCUUUGCUUUUUGGGGUGAUAUUCUUAUUGCUAGUUAUUGCACUGACAGGGAAGAAAGUCUUUGAAUCUCUUCAGAAGAGGCAUUAUACCAGGUUGGAUUACUUGAUCAAUGGAAUGUAUGCUGAUGUGUGAUGGAGAGGGAGAAUAAUAUUGCGAGGAGCAACUCUUUUUUGAGAGGACCACUCUGAAAUGUAACAGUAGAUACUGAGAUCUCAGCAGAAGAUAGAUUUGUGGCUGCUAAUGGGAAAGCAGCAGAUGGCUUUGGCAGGGCAGAGAACCACUGUUUCUGCUCUCAACUAUGAUG